AUGAAUUUUCAACAGAGGCUGCAAAGCCUGUGGAGUUUAGCCAGCAGACCCUUCUGCCCUCCUUUGCUGGUGACGGUCUCCCAAAUGCAGAUGGCUGUGCUCCCUUGCCUGGGUCUUAUCCUGCUUCUCUGGAGCCAGGUGCCGGGGGCCCAGGGCCAAGAAUUCCAAUUUGGGCCCUGCCAAGUGAAGGGGGUUGUUCCCCAGAAACUGUGGGAAGCCUUCUGGGCUGUGAAAGCCACUGUGCAAGCUCAGGAUAACAUCAGGAGUGUCCGGCUGCUGCACCAGGAGGUUCUGCAGAAUGUCUCGGAUGCUGAGAGCUGUUACCUUGUCCACACCCUGCUGGAGUUCUACUUGAAAACUGUUUUCAAAAACUACCACAAUAGAACAUUUGAAGUCAGGACUCUGAAGUCAUUCUCUACUCUGGCCAACAACUUUGUUCUCAUCGUGUCACAACUGCAACCCAGUCAGGAAAAUGAGAUGUUUUCCAUCAGAGACAGUGCACACAGGCGGUUUCUUCUAUUCCGGAGAGCAUUCAAACAGUUGGACAUAGAAGCAGCUCUGACCAAAGCUCUUGGGGAAGUGGACAUUCUUCUGACCUGGAUGCAGCAAUUCUACAAGCUCUGAAUGUCUAGACCAGGUCCCCCCUUCCCCCACCGGUUCAUUCCCUGUGUCAUUUCAAACAGUCUCCCUUCCUAUGCUGUUCGCUGGACACUUCAUACCCUUGGCCACGGGUCCCAUUUUUGGCCCAGGAUUAUUGUCAAAGAAGUCAUUCUUUAAGCAGCCCCAGUGACAGUUAGGGAAGGUGCCUCUGGAUGCUGUGAAGAGUCUACAAAGAAGAUUUCUGUAUUUAUUACAACUCUAUUUAAUUAAUGUCAGUAUUUCAACUGAACUUCUAUUUAUUUGUGAGACUGUGAGUUACAUGAAGGCAGCAGAAUAUUGUGCCCCAUGCUUCUUUACCCCUCACAAUCCUUGCCACAGUGUGGGGCAGUGGAUGGGUGCUCAGUAAGUACUUAAUAAACUGUGGUGGUUUUUUUGGUCUGUCUUUGGAUCGUUAAAAAACAGAGAGGGGUGAUGGGAUGUAAAACUGAACUUUAGAGUGUGAAAAUCACACUGUCUUCUGAUAUCUGUAGGGACAGAGCAUUGGGGUGGGGGUAAGGUGCAUCGGUUUGAAAAGCAAAUGAUAAAAUGUGGAUUAAAGUGCCCAGCACAAAGCAGAUCCUCACUAAACAGUUCAUUUCCCACCCACACUCACCAACCUACCCCAUCAUCCCUUUCCCUUGGUGCCUCCUUUUUUUUUUUUUUUGGUCCUAGUCAUUCUUCCCUAAUGUGCCACUUGAGUGUCAAGCUGACCUUGCUGAUGGUGACAUUGCACCUGGAUGUACCGUCCAAUCUGUGAUGACAUUCCCUGCUUAUAAAAGACAACACAACUCAA